UAUAAUCAUUCACAAGGGCCGACAUUUCCUGUAUAAUACUAAUUAAUCUCAGAUCAGAGAUGUGACGACUAUAGCAGUAAUAAACCAGCUAUAGUGUAACUAAGGAGAGUGUUUGCAGACUAGAGGCUACAUCUGUUGAGCUCACAAAUAAACAGCUCCUUCAGUAUCAUGAGUGUUCGUCAGCGAGGCUCGCAACUACAACCGGUCACUGCUCCUAUUGACACCGGUGUACGACACUUCACUUCGGAGGAACUCAGUCGACUUUGCCUGAGGCACAAUGCUCAUGUAGCAUAUCGUGGAAAGGUAUACGAUGUUAGUUCAUUUGUGGCCCAACACCCUGGGGGCAUGGACCAGAUCUUGAUGGGAGCAGGCAGGGACAUCACUCAACUCUUUGAUUCUUAUCAUAAAUACGACACUGCAGCAAAAGUUCUGGACAAGUACUAUGUGGGGGAGCUUGUAGAUAACGAGCUUCCUGUUUUUCCCAAAGAAGGACAGUUUUACUGCACUGUCAAGAAACGAGUUGCUGAUUAUAUGAAGAAACACCAGCUGGAUCCAAAGAGAGAUUAUUGGACCUUCCUCAAAUACAUUAUUCUGUUUGUCUCACUGCUCUUGAGCUGGUAUGCUGCAAUGUCGAUGGAGUAUGGCUAUACGAGUCUUGUUUUGUUCACAUUUAUAUGGGGUGUACUCUCUGCAUUGGUUGGAUUAACCUGUUGGCAUGACGCCAGUCAUUUCACCAUAACUCAUAAGCCGUGGGUAUGGAAGGUUGUCAUGGCAAUGUGUGAUGCAAUUAACGGAGCAUCUUCCUAUAUCUGGUGCUAUCAACAUACCUUUGGUCACCAUGUUUACACCAAUAUUAAUGAAGCUGAUCCCGACGUCUUCUUAGACAAAACAACAGCUAUUUGGAGGAUCAGUUCUGGUCAGAAAUGGCUGGAUCGCUAUGCCUACCAGCACGUUUACAUGCCGUUACUGUAUACCCUGCUCGCUGUAAAGAUGCGCUUGCAAGACUUUUACACGAUCUAUAUACUUCAAAAAAGUUCUAUCAGGUUGAACCCUCUCAGUGUCUCCCAGUGGACCACCUUUGGUGUUGGCAAGGCUGUACAUUUUACUAUGAGAUUCAUCAUUCCUUGCUUCUACAUGACAUUCGGAAAAUUGGUGGUUAUGAAUAUUCUGUACGAUGUGAUCCUCGGCUUCUGGAUGGCACAGCUCACUCAAGUCAACCAUGUGAACGAGGAGGUGGAAUGGCCACAGGCUGACACUGACAAUGUAAUUCACAAGGAAUGGGCUGAGAUGCAGGUACGGACCACUCGUGACUACUGUACAGACAGCUGGGUGUGGCACUUCCUCUCCGGAGCACUCAACCAUCAAACAGCGCACCACCUGUUCCCAGGAGUAUUGCAGUGCCAUUACCGAUGGAUUACGCCCAUUGUCAAGGAGACGUGUGCAGAGUUUGGAAUACAGUAUAACGAAGCUUCUUCGUUCAAAGAUGCACUCUCUGGUCAUUUCAGCUACCUCCGGAAAAUGGGGAGAGAGGGUCCGGAAAUGGAGUAAUUAGAACAUGCUAUAACUUUGUUCUGCAUUUUAGGUGUGUAUAUAAUAUUAAAAAGUAGUAUACUUUCCCUCUAAGCAGUUUCUGGCCAGACCGCUUUUUUUAAAAAUUUAAACGUUGGCACUCAGUAUAAUUAUUAUAUAGGUUUUUAUGAUC